AUGCAGGAGGGUUCAAACGACUUUCAUGGACGGCCAAAGGACGCCGUUUCCGUUCCCGGGCCGCGUUUGUCGAAUUCAUGUUUCCCGCAGCCCCCCGACGAGCGACAGCGCCCGACCUGCCCGCUCGAACGCGGGUCUACGCUCACCUGCACCUGCAGGACACGGGCGGGUUUUUCAUCACCGUGCUGCACAAAGAAGGCCGAGGUCAAGAUCAAGCCCGAGCCGGUCCCCGUCAAGUCGCAGACCACGACGGCGGCCGCCACGCCUGCUGCUGCCGCCGCCGCCGCCGCCGAGGCCACCCCUGAGGCUGAGAAGCCUGUCGAGAAGGAGCCUGUCGAGGCUGCGCCCGAGGCUGAUGCCAUGCUGAUUGACCAGGACGCGUCGAGCAACGGUACGAAACGGGCGCGUGAGGAUGAAGCCGUCGACACAGAGUCGCAGGCUUCGAAGAAGCCCAAGGUCGACGAGAGCAACAGCGGAGAGGCCAAGACAGAGGAGGCCGAGCCUGAGGCGGUCAAGACGGAGGAGGUCAAGACGGAGGAGGCCAAGACGGAGGAGACCAAGACCGAGGAGGCCACGCCUGCCGUGGCGGCGCCGAAGCCGACCAACACAAAGCCGAUCCGCAAACCAGCACGGGCCAGAUCGAGGAGCCGUUCAAGUACCUGA